CUGAAAGUGCGUCCUUAAAUUGUGUCAGGCUGUGUACCAGCCUUGUCAUUCCCCAAGGCAGCUUUGAUUACUCCUCCUCACCCUGUCUCCACUGCAGCACUUCCAGUGGUAGGCCAGUGGUUUCUGACAUGCCUCAGUGGUUGCUACUCAGCACCCUGGUCUGGGGCAGUGGCUUUGUCCUCCUCUUGGUCCUCCUGUUUGGACUGUAUGUGCAGCUUUUGUAUAAGUCUCAUCUUUGGGACCUCCGGCACUGCUCCACAGAGCUGACUGGCAAGACGGCAGUGGUGACUGGGGCCAACAGUGGCAUCGGAAAGAUUGUGGCCCAGGAGCUGGCCUGCCGUGGAGCCCGUGUGAUCCUGGCCUGCCGUAGCCAGGAGCGUGGACAGCGGGCCCUGGCCAAGAUCCAAGCAGCCUCAAAGAGCAAUUGCCUUGUGCUUGGUGAAGUGGACCUGAGCUCUAUGGCCUCCAUUCGGAGCUUUGCCCGGUGGCUUCUGCAGGAGUAUCCUGAGAUACACCUGCUGGUUAACAAUGCGGCAGUCUGUGGAUAUCCCAAGACACUUACUCCAGAAGGCCUUGAUUUCACGUUUGCCACCAACUAUGUUGGGCCCUUUCUGCUCACAAACCUACUCCAAGGUGCUCUACAACGGGCAGGGUCAGCCCGGGUGGUGAAUGUGUCUUCCUUUCGGCAAGCACAUGGGUACAUUGAUGAGGAACAUUUGACUGGGGCUGGUAGACCUUUGGCCUUCAACCAGAACUACGACUGUAGCAAACUACUCCUGACUUCAUUCACCACGGAGCUUGCCCGCAGACUGGAAGGGACUGGUGUGACUGUGAACUCUGUGGACCCAGGUAUUGUCUAUACGGGUAUCAUGAAGAAUUUCUCUUGGACAUACCGCGUCCUCUUCUGGCUCAGCAGCUUCUUCAUUAAGGAUCUCAAACAAGGUGCAAACCCAGUUCUCUACCUAAGCUUGGCAAAGGAGUUGGAUGGCAUUUCUGGAAAAUAUUUUAGCAGUUCCUGUGUGGUAACUCUUCCCCCUAGAGCUGCUCAGGAUCCUCAAAUGGCCCAAAGCCUCUGGAAUACCUUGGUCCAACUAACAAACCUAAACAAGACAGACUGAACCUCUGUGACCCUGCUCUAACUUGCCACCCUCCCCCUGACUUCCAGCCCUUCCUCUGAUUAUGCCUUUUGUUUGCUGGCUCAAAGGAUCAAUCACUAUCACUUUGUCUGGUAUAAUGACCACUUCCUCUUCCUGUUGGCCCAGUGGCAUGAGAGCUCAGAUUAGCCAGGGAACAGUUCACCUUUCAUUUUAUUGCCAGUUCUCUGAAGGAAGUUUUUAUCCCUUGGGCAAUACAAUCUCCAAAUCCACUGAGUCCCACAUUAUAGUGAUGGGGAGUAAAACUUCCAGUGGGUAUUAGGGAUACCAGGAAGAGGAGAAACUUCUACCUGUACCUGUUGGCUUCUAGACAUGUGCUUCCUGGCUUUAAGGGAGACUGCAUUAUGCAAUGUCCUUUGGAUUAAGGCAGAUGCACCAACCUGUAGGACAGUACCCCAACUUCACAGGGUGCUACUGUAACUGGGCCUGUUACAUCUUUAUAUCAAACCAGUUGCUCUUGGGUGAAUAAUAAUAAUAAGAUCAGUGAAUUCUGGGAUUGAGGGCCCAUUGCUUCUUUUCUAGGGUCUUUGUUCAUCACAUAAAUUUUGGAAUCAAUCAGCUCUUCAAAUUUCACGUACACAAAAUUCCUGUUUGUAUUGCAUUCUAUCUACUUGGGAGGGUUGACAUUUUUAUGACUUGAGUUUUCCUAACCAUGAACAAGGUAUACUCGUAUCUAUUUAGAUUUUCGUAAUAUCUUUAUAAAAUUUAAAAUAAUUUUAUCCAUAAAGAUCUUGUACUUAAUUCCAGGUAUCUUAUGUUUUCAUGGUAUUGUAAAUGGUAUUUUAAAAUUUGUAUAUUGAUUAUAUGUCAAACAACUAAUCAUUUAUCUAAUUCUCAUGAGUUAUCUGUAGUUCUUUUGUUUUUUUCUACAUAGAAAAUCACACCAUCUAGAAAUAAUAAAGUUUUAUUUCUUCCCUUUAGACUAUUAUACCUAUUAUUUCUUUUUCUCGAAGACCUUAAUACAUUUUCUAGUAUUAAACCAAACUUGAAUUUCUGGAACGAAUCCAACUUGGUCAUAGUGUUGCUUCUGUAUGCAUUGUUAGAUAUAACAUAGUCAUGUUUUUUAACUUAUAUUGCCAUUAUCUGAUUUUGCUGCCAUGGAUAUAUCCAUUUUAUAAAAUUAAUUGGGGAUUUGUGUCAGUCCAGAGCCAUUCUCCAAGAAGCAGGUGAAAAAUUAGGAUUUAAUGUACAAGAAACAUUUUGGGGGAAAUGGCUGAGAGAGAAAAUGAAGAAGCUGGGAGAAGCUGGAACAUCCACCAGACUAUGAUACAAGUCUGACCCUGAGUGAAGGAGAGAGGAAAGCUCUUCCAUGUGGGAUUAUUUUCCUUCUACCCAAAGUACAUCCUUUAGAGCUUCCUUCAAUGAAGAUUUGUGGUAGACAGAAUUCUAACGUGGCCCCAAGAUUUCUACCCCCUCGUGUACACCCUCCCCUUGAGUAUGAGUAGAACUCAUAAAUAUGAUGGAUUUUCACUCCUGUGAUUAUGUUAGGUAACAGAUAAAUGGGAUUUUUGCUGAUGUAAUUAAAAUCUAUAAUCAUUCAAUUUUGUGUUAAUCAAAGGGGAAAUCAUUUUGGGCAGAUCUGACCUAAUCAAGGUUUACUAGAAGUCAGAGAGAUUCUCCUGUUUAACAUGAAGAAACAAACUGCCACACUGUGGAGAGGGCCACAUGGCCUCAAGGAAACUUCUAGGUUUUCAGUUCUACAGUCACAAGGAACUGAAUUCUAUCAAUAAUCGUGAUCUUGGAAGAGCACUGGGAGCCCAGCUGAGGUUGCAGCCCUGAAUAACACCAGUAUUUCAGCCUGCUGAGACCCUUGGCAGAGCACCUAGACAAGGUAAAACCAGACUCCUUACCCACAAGAACUGUAUUCUUUUAAGCCACUGAGUUUGUAGUAAAUGGUUGUGCAGCAAUAGAACAUGUCUAUGGAUCUACUCAUAAUAAACUUCUUAGUUUUAUUUGUUUGAAAAUGUCUAUUUCACCUUCACUUUUCAGGGAUCAUUUUGCUGCCUAAAGCAUUAUAGAUUGACAGUUAUUUUCUCUUAUCCUAUUGAAGAUUUUUUUUGUCUCUGGCUUUCAUUGUUGCUAUUGUGAAAUCAUGUUAAUCUAACAGUUUACAUCUGCAGUAGGGAAUCUGCUUUUUCUCUCUGUCUUUUUAUGAUAUUAUGCUUGUUUUUCUACAAUUUCACUAUUAUUAAAUCAAAUAUAUUUUUUAAAUUUAUUCUGAUGGGAAUCCCUUGGAUCUCUUGAAUAUGUAUCCUAUAUUUCUCUUUAUUUGAUAAAGUUGAAACAUGUCACUUUUAUAAAUUUAAG